AUUGUUGUGUGAAAUGAUGACAAAGAAGCAAGGUAGAGACAUGUGUAGAAGUCGCGCACCACUCGCCGCGCUUAGUUCCGCCUGUCAUCCCCGCGCCGUCAGCGCACGUCAUCGUUGAUGCGCGACCGGAUGUCCUCAUCGUCGUAUCAAAAUCGAUGUGAGACACCUCAAGCAUCUCUUGACUCAAAGUAUGGAAAUGUCAGAAACGGCCGCUACCAACGGCUUCGCUGAGAAAGACGGCCAGUUCCGUCGCAAACCCUCAGCAUUCCGCAAUUUCAUCUCUUCUGAUCCCGAUUCAGAGUUCCCAGCAGAAAAGGAUCGAUAUGCGCUCUACAUUCACAUGGGUUGUCCUUGGGCACAUCGCACUAAUCUAGUGCGCAGCCUAAAGGGGCUCGAAGACAUCAUCCAGCUAAUCGUAUGGGAUCUAUCGCUCGUUCAUGAUAAGAAAGGGUGGGGCAUGUCCGGGAAGCCUGGGUUCGAGAAAGAGCCGCUUUAUGGCUAUACGAACUUGAGGCAGCUGUACGAAAGGGCGAACCCGGAAUACGAAGGGCGGUACCUCGUUCCGACGCUCUGGGACAAGAAGAAAGAGACAAUCGUGAACAAUGAGUCCAGCGAAAUCAUUCGUAUGUUCUACACUGAGUUUGAUGCGUUCAUCCCCGAGCAGCUCCGCGAGUCAAGCAAAGGCGACAAAGCCAUCUUGCCGGAGCAUUUGCGCAAGGACAUCGACGCUAUGAACGAGUGGGUAUACGAUACCAUCAACAAUGGUGUAUACAAGACGGGGUUCGCCCAGUCGCAAGAAGCAUACGAAGAGCACGUAUACCCCUUGUUCAAAUCUCUCGAUCGCCUGGAAGAACACCUUGGUCAGCCAGGUCACGGGCCGUACUUGUUUGGCGACCACAUCACCGAAGCAGACGUCAGGCUGUACCCUACUGUUAUCAGAUUCGACGUUGCGUACUUCACGAUCUUCAAAUGCAAUCUGAAGAUGAUUCGCUAUGAGUACCCGCGGCUGCACGACUGGUUGCGCAGGCUGUAUUGGGAUGAGAGUGAAGCGACGAAUUUUGGUGCGUUCAAGAAGACGGUGGAUUUUCAAGCGUACAAGGAUGGUUACUCGAACGCUACAAAGGCGAAGAUUGUGCCCGUAGGACCGAAGCCAGACAUCAUGCCCUUGUAGAGCGUUUACAGCGAUAAAGAUACGUCUCUGUGCAGCUCAGGGAGUAAGCGCAAACACGGUAGAAGAGCACUGAAACUGGUG